AUGAGGCGUGGGGUUGGGUCUGCGGACAAGGAGGUAGAGAAAGCGGAGAAGUUUCAUAUACGUCUUCUGAAGCUUCAGGAGACCGUCAACCGGACGGUGUGGAUGAAAGGCGGCAUUCCUACGGAACAUUCUUUUUCGUACAAUCCUCCUUGGGGCCCCAGCCGCACUAUCAACUCAUUUAGGCCUGAGAAAAGCACGGGUCCUACGCUCCAACCUAGGCUUUUAAGGCAGUGUCGGGAUGUCCUCGGAUGGUGCAUCUUCUGCGCUACUGACUACGCAACGACUCUCGAGAAAAGAAAGGUUGGGCAUUGGUGGGAGCGCGGGCGGGAAGAAUGGACCCUGACCAUCGUCGCCUAUCAUCAACUGGGAAGCGGUCGAACGCCGGCUGAUCCGUUUUGGAAGGCGUUUACGACGAAAUGUUCGAGCUAUUCGGAGCCUUACCGCGAGAUAUUAGGAUCUUCGCCUAGAAGCGUGAAGGAAAAGUGGGAUGGGUUUGUUUCAUAUGGCACUAAGUGA